AUUUGGACAGGAAAUCUCAUGAGCGAACAGUAGCGAACAACGGGAAGACAAAAAAAAAAAGAAAAAAGAAGCGCAAACAGAGAAGAGAAGCUCCCCUUCCGGCCGUGGAGAUCCGAGGAGGAGAAUUCUGACAGACCGAUCUGCUGUCUCUGUCUGUAUUCUCUGAUUCAUCGAUGGGAUUGUGGGAAGCUUUUCUCAAUUGGCUUCGUAGCCUCUUUUUUAAGCAGGAAAUGGAGCUUUCUUUGAUAGGACUUCAGAAUGCAGGAAAGACAUCACUUGUAAACGUUGUCGCUACCGGCGGAUACAGUGAAGACAUGAUCCCUACCGUUGGCUUCAACAUGAGGAAAGUGACAAAGGGAAACGUUACGAUAAAACUAUGGGAUCUCGGUGGUCAGCCCAGAUUCCGCAGCAUGUGGGAACGCUACUGCCGUGCAGUUUCUGCAAUUGUAUAUGUGGUUGAUGCUGCUGAUUCCGACAACUUAAGCAUCUCAAGCAGUGAACUCCAUGACUUGUUGAGCAAACCUUCUCUAAGUGGCAUCCCUCUCCUUGUCCUCGGGAACAAGAUUGACAAGGCUGGAUCCCUGUCCAAAGAGGCCUUAACCGAGGAAAUGGGGUUGAAGUCGAUUACAGACAGGGAAGUCUGCUGCUUCAUGAUCUCGUGCAAGAACUCCACAAACAUCGAUCAGGUCAUUGAUUGGCUCGUAAAGCAUUCCAAAUCUAAAAGCUAGAUUGCCCAAGAACGAACUAUCUUCUUCUUCUUUUUAUUUUUGGGAACACAACGGGUUUUCUUGAUCUUCUCUCCCGUGCCGUGUUACCUUCUGAUAAUGACGGUGGUGGUGGUGGUGGUGGAAGGUUUUUCCGGUGAAACAAGAUUCGUCCUUUUUUGUUUUUCUUCUGAUUCUUGCAUCUCUUCUGUGUCUGGAUGCUGUUCUUUUCUGUUUACCAUGAGAUGGAUUGAUUCUGCUAAAGCUAAUGAAGAGGCCUUUUGGACCUUUGGGGGUCGGAAUUGCAA